GGGCCAGUGCUCUAUCCACUGUGCCACCUAGCUGCCUCUCCUGACCUGGAAUUUCUACUGUGAGCCACGGAGUUUGGGGAGUUAGGAAUCCAGGGUUGCAGAAAAAGGGAAGUGAAUGAGCAAGGAAGAAACAUAAAAGGAGAGAAAAAAAAUUGAUGAAGAAUACUGGCACCAGGAAGAGAACCAGGAGAACACCCUUCCCCCCUUCUUCACCAUGGUAACAAGAGGAGAGUCCUUGUGACGUGACCAUGAUGUCUGGCCUGGGGAAAAUCUAGACUAGCCAACACAGAGGACAAAACAUUUAGAUUGGAAAAAGAUGAAUUUUGACCAGAAGGCUGUGAAAUUUUUGGCAAAUUUUUAUAUGAAUGGAGGCCAACACUGGACCCAUGGUGGCAUACAGACAAGGCAGCCAGCACCUCCCAGCAGCCGGAAGAAGUUAUCUGGGAACUCUCCAGUCCUACCCAUGCACCCCCAAUCUAUAGAAAGGUGGGAAUCUAUGAAGCAUUCAGCACCCCAGGAUCUUCAAAAACUCCCUCUGGGGGGAACCAACCUGAUGCAGGAACCACAACUUUUCCGGGUCAAGAAUAUAAAAGAAUUCAGUACAUCCAGAGCCAUGUGGAAUGGAGGUUUAGAAAGACGACCCCCGAUCCUGAUAGACAUGGAUAUUCCAGGGCCGACCCAGUACCCUGCACCUGAUGUGAGCAUCCGGGAGUCUUCACCACAUCCCCACUACAGCAUUAGCUGCAAGACACCCACUCGGGAUGGUGAUGGUCACAGGGCAUGGCAAACCACCUGGUUCCAGAGUGAAAGCCCUUUCACACAGAAGGCAGAUUUCCUCAGGGAGAAGCAGUGGCCAUCUCCAUUCCACUACACACAGCCCUGCAAUCUGGGACCCCAGCAGCCCUGUCGGCCCAGCUUUCCUGCAUUCACCUUCGGCCAUAGGAGGGUGGUUAACAAGACCAGGGAGCCUGGGCCCAGCCCAAACACCUACAAUGUUAUCCCAGGCUUUCAGCUUAAGGGACCUCGAUCUCCUGCCUUCUCGAUUAGCCGGGCCCAGACUCUCAACAGUUGGAUCAGUCCUGCUCAUACCCCAGGGCCAGCUGCAUAUUAUGUCGAAGAUUCCUACAACUCCCGAUUCCUGUCAGCCCCCGGAGUCCUCAUCCAGGGCGAGCGCAGGCCUAAGCGGCAUGAGACCGGGCCCUUCUGCACCCUCUAGAGCCUGGAACCCUAGGGCAGUCAAGUCACUCUUUUGAACCUGGAUCCCCCAGUGGCCUGUGCUAUAUACAUUAGAACCUGGGACUCCCAAGGCCCUGGGCCACUUGAUGGAACCCAGAGGUCACAAAUCUCCCCUGGGUUCCUUCCUGUCCUCUGGCACCAGAGGCCUCUGUCUCCAAGCCCCAGUUUUUCUUGCCUCUCUUGUUAUAUAGUUAUAGUUUGUUUUUUCCUAGACUCUCUCUAUUCCAUUCAUGGCUCCCACUCCACACACAGACUGACACAUAAUAUUCAGAAUAAGGAAAGAGUACACAAUAACACACUGAGUAUUAUGAGCAAGACCCACACAUUUACAAAUGCAGGAUAACACACGACAGCACAAAGUACUGAGUGCUGCUUUGGCCUUCUCGCUCUUCCUCUCUCUUUUUGCUCUCUUGCUAUUAUCAUUCUGUGUCUGUUUCUCUGUCUGUCUUACUCUAGCCAUGAUCUGUUUCUAAAGUUGAGGUCAGCAGGCUUUCAGGGCACCAGACCCUCACUGAAAAGCAAAGCUGGGCAAGCUUGGGGCAAAGCUGCCCCAAGACAUCCUCCUUCGAGCCAAGGGGAGAUGACAUGAAAGGGGAGUAGGCAGGCUGCAGCUGAAGCUGGCAGUCACGCUCCGCACUGGAAGCUGCUUUCUUCAUGUGAGCUCAAUGUAGCCCGAGGCUAAGGCCUGCACAUUCCCCAGUUGGAGAUACUAGAUCAUGUGUCCUUAAGAAACCAUUCCUUCUCCCCCCUCAUGUGAUAGAAGGCCCUUCCAGUUCCAGAGACAGGUGUCAGGGGGGAGGUCAGUCAGUUUGGUCCCUGCUUCUGGGCAUCCUUGGGUAUUGCAUUUGGGUUGGAUUGGCUUAGAGUAAUCUCAAAAUCCGUGGGGAUGCUGGGGUGGAUGACUGGGGCUUGGGUUUGCUCAAAGUAAGGGGGGGCCUCAGGAUGAGGAAGUUUGUUGGUAGAAGUUCUGAACUGUGUGUAUAUGCAUGUGUAAAGUUAAUGUGUAUAAAUUGUUGGCAUACUGUUUGUGUUUGGCACUGAGUAAAGCACACACCCAUCACUCCCAAACUCCCCCUCAGGAAUUAUGAGAUCCUGCUCUAUCUAUAGUCCCAUUUAACACUGGCCUAGCCCAGAAAGGCUCUGAAAUAGACCCAAAAGGCAGCAGGCCUGCCUGGCAUAGGACAGCGCCAGGGCUUUGCUCUUUGCCAAUACAGUCCAGAUUUCUUAUAGGGACUUGUUGGGGUUGGUCCGAGCCCAUAGGGCUCUUUAGGGGCUUGUUCUGUGUGUCCAAGGGGAUCCAUAGUCCCUACAAAUCCUGGUUCUGCUGUCUUGUUGGGUUCCCUUGUCCCUGGCAUCCUGUCUGACCCUGCCUGCCCUUGGCUGGGUGUGCUUCUGUGUGCUGGGGAGCAGGAGUGCUCUGACUUCUGCUCAUGUUGGGUAAGUGAGAGAAGCAUAGUUGGCCAGUUAUGAAAAGGUUCAGGAGAACCAGACAGCAGUCCUGUGACAGCUUGCCUCAUCUAUGGAUAUGUU